GCGAUGUAUAUUGUAAACUAUACACAGAAGGUUAAUGCUCAGUAAAAGACAUUAUCAAAGAGGAGAGGUCUUCUUGGCUAUGUUUAGUGGACACGUCGAAUGUUUGUCAAAAACGGAAGUGUGUGUGUUCGACACAAAUAGGCAUAAUUUAUGUUACUGUAACCUAAGCAACGCUCUAUUUUACUUACAUGCAGGAGCAGAGAACAUUCCUUUAAUGGUUUAUGACGCAGCAACUUGCGUUGAACAAACCGUUCAGGAGAUGUAAAUCGAGAAUAUAUGUUCUAAUAGAAGGUCAGUGGUUGGUUACUGCAAAGUGCCUGGUAUGAGGCAAAGAGUGGUUUGUAUAAAUAAAUAAAUAAAUAAAUAAAUAAAUAAAUAAAUAAAAGGCUGACAAUGUUUGGCUUGGGUGCUCAGCCCCAUAGAUUAUAUGAAGAGCGAAUGCGAAUGCGCACUCUGGAGAAUUACUGAGUAGAUCAGAGCUCCACUUUGGUAAACACCAAGUGAAUUUCCCCACUGCAGAAAGUGCGAUUUUCCCUUCCCACAGAUUGGAAAACGAAUGGUGAGACUGACUUAGUUUCACCAGAAUCAGAAUCAGUUUAUUCAGUGAAGUAGGAGUUGCGAGAUAUGUGUGUUCAGAAGGAAGUCUAACAGUCAUAAACUCAAUUGGGAUAGUUUUCGUCAGACGACUUGCUCCCUGCUUCCUUUUGUUUUUGCAUCAAGAACAUGUCGAGAAUAUUAAGUUCUUUUUUACGACUAGGCACAUAAAUAAUCCGGGUAGCACGGGUAUAUAUAUAUAUUUUUUUUGCGCCACAAAUCUCCACACUGAACCCAAAAGACCUAAUCAAGACCACCACCUUCCGUUUUCGCACCUGCAGACAUUCUCACCUCAGACGCAGACAUUACCUCCCCUUCGAGAGAAAAAUACAGAAUCAAAAAAAUAAGGAAUGAUAAGAAAAAAAAGGGAAAGGAAAGAAAACAAAAAACGAAAAGGAGAGCAAGGCAUCAAGGAGCAAGCUCUCCGCAGCGCAUCCCAGCGAAGGGCGGUGCGCGCUUUCGACGAGCACGUGCGCGCGCGUUCGGCGCGGCGACGAGGGCGCAGGAACGCCAGGACGCGAGCCAGCCGCGGGCGGGAGUUUCAUAGCGCGAGGAAAAUACGGAGGGAGGAGAGGAGCGGGUCGAGGGGCGAUGGCGGAUGCAUCGGGAAAGGCAGGCAGGCAGGCACUAGCGAGUGCGAGCCGGUUCCCCUCUAUUCUAGUUCCGAGACGGCUUGCGUGGCGGCGCUAGCUGCCUCCUCGCUGUUCUUGCGGCCGGCCCGGCCCCGUCCCCGCCUCUCCUCUACCUCCAGCCCCUCGCUGUGGCAUUUACUCCUCUCGCGCGACGUAUUUUUCUUGCGCGCGCGUGGCGGGAUCGCAACCCCCCCCCUCCCCUAGCCGACCCCCUCCUCCCUAAAGAUGGGGGAGCCGCGGGACUCGGCUGCAAACGCGUCGUGAUCGUCGGAGCCGGUGCGUGUGCGUGCGAGCGGCGCGCGGAGGAUGCAGCAGUCGCAGCCGUUGUCGUUGGCUCCCGCGGCGGCGGAAGGUUGCAGCCCGCCGCCUCUGCAGCAGUCUUCGACGGUACCAGCCGCUUCGGUGGCUUCGCACAAGCCUGCCCGCUUCUCGCUCUACAGCAUCGAGAGGCUGCUUGCCGGAGCGGCGGCGCAUGCAGCCACCACGCCGUCGUCCGUGGCCUCCACCGUGCUCGACUUCAGCGUCGCCCAGCAUCCGUCAGCUAGGAUAGAGACUGCGGGCCACUUCCCAGGAGCCUUGAACGGCCGUUCGAAGGGCAGCACUGCAGCUUCCUCGGACAAGAGUGCCACUCCUUCGCUCCACUACAGCGGCGACAAGGGGCCGGCUUCAUCUCUGCAUCAGCACCAGCAGCCGCAGCAAGCGUCAGAAGACGGCGGGCUGUCCGGCAAGCCGCGCAAGAUCCGGCGAAGCCGCACCACGUUCACCACCUUCCAGUUGCAUCAGCUGGAGCGCGCCUUCGAGAAAACGCAGUAUCCGGACGUGUUCACCAGGGAGGAGCUGGCUCUGAGGCUGGACCUAAGCGAGGCCAGGGUCCAGGUGUGGUUCCAGAACCGGCGCGCCAAGUGGCGCAAGCGAGAGAAGGCAAUAUGCCGAGACAGUCCACCCCCGAUGGGGGCUUCUUCGUCCUGCGGGGUCGCGUCUUCGGCGGCGUCCGACCGCAGCCUGGGUCCCUUCUUGCAGGCUGCGUGCGGAAUGAGCGCCACCCGGGCCGAGCUGUUCGCCGCUGGGCCCUACGGGGUCGCCGAGCCCUUCUGGGGCUCCCCUUCUCUGGUCGCGCCCGCCUGGCCCAAGCUGUACGGGUACAUGCUGCCCGCCCUGCUGCCGGCCCCGCCGUGCUCUUCAACCUCUGUUCUGGACCUCGGCUCCAAGAAGACGACAGCGCACGCCAGGCUGCAGGCGUCACCGCCUUCAGCAGCGCCGCCAACGUCAUCGCCGGCCCUCGACCUCCUCAGAGUCAAGGCACGCGAACACGCCGCCAGGAGGGCGGGCUCGGAGUCCCCGAAGUCUGCCUCGCCCGCUGCCGAACGGACCGAGCCGUCUUGACUGCGCCUUCCAGUGCUCCCGUCUAGUGGUAUCCGCCGGUUCAUCCUGUCGCCGUGUCCCCCGAGGUUGGCGUGACAUUACAGUGUGCGCGGAUGACAUGUGUGCAUCGUCGACCCACGGACUCGAGAUUCGCUUCGAAAGCUUAAGGCUCGAGCAACACAAGGAAGUACCACAGUGUUACUGCGAUCGCAUUUCCUUCGGCAUCUCCCGGAGUGUUCUAAUCUCGAAAUAUUUCUAUACGUCGUUGUUUCGUUCGGGCUUAAGCAUAUAACGAGCCUGAUUGUGAACGAACUUGUUGUGCCCGAUGACUUUGGGGCAACCAUCACCGAUACAGAACACAAUCCCGCUUAUUCUAACAAGGUUGAAGUGAAGUAACUUGCCAGUCGUGCGUGAAUGACGUGCAGGUUGUCUUGCGCACACUUAGGCUUCACUUCGAAAUGAUCCUAUACUUCUGAUACAACGGCAACAUUAGAGGCCCGAGUAGCACACGAAAGCACUACUGCUGUUGGCAAAGAAAUCGCGCAAGGAGGGAACAACAGGUCAAGGGCACAUUGGACGGCGGUCGUCCCGUGUCUUUAAACUGUUGUCCUGUCCUUGCACAGUUUAUCCCCACACACCGUGUGCUUCAAAGGAGACAAUAAGUGAUUGUUAAACACAGCUAAACUGAGAUUAAGGAACUGUGUUUUUUCUGCAGGGAGAAAAAAAGAAGAAGAGAACAAGAAAAAUUCAUCGACAUUUAUGAUACUCUAUAAUGCGACAUUUGAGCGCAGCUGUUUACGUGCUUUCAUUUUGCGAUAUAUUAUAUUGGUUGGCGCGGACAAUCUGUCCCUUGUGGCACGUUGCAAACGGAGCGAAGUGUGGCGCGACUGCCUGGCUAAUUGUGACGCGUGGGCGCAAUUCACAGCGGCCGCCGAAGACAAACCUCCGUUCAUGCAGCGCUUUGUUUUCGUGCAGAUGACGUGCGCUACUCUUGUGCCAUCUCAUAGCCAUCGUCGCCGCAAAGCCCGUCGUGCGCAGCGCUACGCUUGUCUUCUCGCCCUUUUGCCAUACCCUCAUCCUCCAUUUUCAGCCUCACGAUUCCGCUGCACCCUCUUCUUGCGCUUUUCUCCUCGACCUCUCUUCGCUAUACCAGUCUUUCAUCUCCUGCUGCGCUCCGCGUUCGCUCUCAUCUUUCGCUGUGGUCGUUCGCUUGGUUACGAGGUAGGACACCGGAGCCGACGCUCGCCGCAGGAACGGGCACCUAAGUGCUGCGUUCUAAAAAAGUGAAACAGGAUGCCAAUGCAUGUCACUCGCUCUCCGUGUACGAACAUUUGCAUGGAAGCUGGUGAUAUAGGCACAUGAUUCCUAGCCAGCGGGUAUAGUUCGCUUACGGAAUGGCUUACAUUUUACCCCCGCAACGUGCAUCUCGUAGUAAGUAAUUACAAAGUAAACAAUAAUUACCCCAUAAAGACAGACGUCCGCUGCCGCGAAUGAUGGGCUAUAUAUAUAUAUAUAUAUAUCGGCGACGUCCAUUGAGCCAUCGAUCUUCGCAUGAGUUGCUAUUGUUUAAACACUUAUUUCUAUGUUUUCUAACCUUUCAAAAACAUGGUGACUGACCUCGCACAUUUCAAGUUCUGGCAAACGAUCUGUUGUGCAUGCCGCAGGUUAACAUUAGGUGUUUAUUUCCCUUCUCUUUCACCACAGCUCAUCGCUUAUGCAUUGAGGCAACACCUAAGGACAAAGUGAAAGCACUAUGGCUGGCCAUAGAAGCAGGUAGUUGACCCUAGCAAGCGGCUUCGCAUGAAAGUGAAGCGGUGAGAGUCUGCUAGGAAGCGUGUUGUCCCUCAAGAAGGCUUCAGUGGAACUCGCUGCCACCUUGUGGGAACGUCAUCGUGGAAUGUAUUAUGUUUCAAUAAAUGACGCUUGGCAAGGACCAUUCUUUUAUAAAUAACAA